GACAGCGACAUCACCGCCAUUCUCGCGAUACUCCUCGAGGUUUCCGGUGUUGUGAAUGUCCCUGCAAACAUGGCGGUCAGCAUCCGCGGCCGUCCGAUCCGGAGCCUUAGGAUGCGAGGGAGGAAUGACAGCGGGGAGGAAAACGUACCGCUCGAUCUCACCAGAGACCCCUCUGACAAUUUGCGGGAAAUUCUGCAAAAUGUUGUGAAACCACACGGAGUUUCCAAUAUGCGAAAGCUGGGCCAUCUGAACAACUUUAUCAAGCUUCUUUGUAGUGUCGGCCCCUGUGAAGAGAAAUUAGGUUUUACUUAUGAAGAAAUAAUAAUAUGUCUGCGAUUAGCGUUAUUAAAUGAAGCAAAAGAGGUGCGAGCAGCAGGUCUUCGAGCUCUCCGAUAUCUCAUCCGAGAUACCACUAUUCUACAGAAGGUGCUUGGACUGCGAGUAGAUUACUUGAUAGCAAGGUGUAUAGACAUACAACAGAGCAAUGAAGUAGAGCGAACACAAGCACUUCGAUUAGUCAGAAAGAUGAUCACUGUGAAUGCUUCGCUAUUCCCUAGCUCUAUAACAAACUCCUUGAUAGCAGUAGGAAACGAUGGUUUGCAGGAGAGGGAUCGGAUGGUACGGGCAUGUAUUGCCAUUAUCUGCGAACUAGCACUUCAGAAUCCAGAGGUUGUUGCUCUGAGGGGUGGGCUAAGUACCAUUUUGAAAAACGUCAUUGACUGCCAGUUGGGACGCAUAAACGAGGCCCUCAUCACAACGAUUCUGCACCUUCUCAAUCAUCCAAAAACACGACAAUAUGUGCGCUCGGAUGUAGAACUGGAGCAAAUUUUAGCACCUUACACAGAUUUCCACUACAGACACAACCCUGACACAGCUGAAGGGCAACUUAAGGAAGACAGAGAAGCACGCUUUCUCGCUAGUAAAAUGGCAAUAGUGGCAGCAUUCCGGUCUUGGUCAGGAAUCAUUAACCUGUGCAGACCAGGUAACUCGGGGAUCCGGUCAUUGAUAGGUUUGCUCUGUAUACCAAAUAUGGAAGUGAGGAGAGAGUUGUUAGAAGUGAUGUACGAUAUUUUCCGGCUUCCUGUCCCUGUUGUGACGCAAGAUUUUAUUGAAGCUCUUCUUAGUGUAGAUCCCAGUAGAUUUCAAGAUAGCUGGAGGCUUUCCGAUGGGUUUGUGGCAGCUGAGGCAAAAUUCCUACUUCCACACAGAGCCAGGUCUAGACCAGACUUGAUGGACAACUAUCUGGCAUUGGUGCUUUCUGCUUUCAUUAGCAGUGGACUUCUAGAGGGUUUAGUUGAAGUGAUAACAAGCAGUGAUGAUCAUGUGUCUGUCAGAGCAACCAUCCUUCUUGGAGAGCUUUUGCACAUGGCCAAUACAAUCCUUCCUCACUCUCACAGCCACCAUUUGCACUGUCUGCCAACUCUCAUGAAUAUGGCAGCCUCUUUUGAUAUCUCACAAGAGAAAAGGAUGCGAGCCAGUGCUGCAGUAAACUACCUAAAACUCUUCCAUGAAAAGAAGAAGCAGGGUCCCCAGCCACACAGCCUCUACUUGGACCACAUUAUUCAUAAAUCAGUGGCAGCACACUACAAAAGAGACCAACACCUACGGGGACAGAAAGAUGUCUUUGUUUUAAAGGAUACUGAAGAAGCUCUUAUGAUGAUUCUAAGAGACAGUCACAUCCUCAACCACAAACAGAACCUGGACUGGAAUUGGGUUCUCAUUGGGACUAUUCUAAAGUGGCCAAAUGUUAACCUUCGAAAUAACAAAGAUGAGCAAAUGCACAAGUUUGUGCGACGAUUGCUGUAUUUUUACAAACCCAGCAGUAAACUGUACGCCAAUCUGGAAUUGGAUCACAGUAAAGCCAAACAGCUGACAGUGGUGGGAUGCCAGUUUAUUGAGUUCCUGCUAGAAUCUGAUGAGGACGGCCAAGCAUACCUGGAAGAUUUAGUGAAGGAUAUUGUCCAGUGGCUCACCUCCUCAUCAGGGAUGAAGCCUGAACGCAGCCUCCAGAACAACGGGCUACUCAACACCCUUAGCCAGCACUACUUCCUCUUCUUAGGAACUCUUUCCUCUAACCCUCAUGGAGUCAAAAUGCUGGAAAAAUGUAGCGUCUUUCAGUGUCUGCUUAAUUUUUGCUCUCUGAAGAACCAGGACCACUUGUUAAAACUGACAGUUUCUACAUUAGACUAUAGUCGAGAUGGACUAUCCAGAGUCAUCCUUUCUAAAAUCUUAACUGCAGCUGCAGAUAACUGCAGGCUGUAUGCCACAAAGCACCUAAGGGUACUACUGCGUGCCAAUGUGGAAUUCUUCAGCAACUGGGGGAUGGAACUACUGGUGACACAGUUGCACGAUAAAAACAAAACCAUCUCCAUGGAGUCGCUUGAUAUCCUGGAUGAGGCUUGUGAGGACAAGGCCAAUCUUCACGCACUAAUUCAAAUGAAGCCAGCCCUGUCUCAUCUGGGAGACAAGGGAGUACUUCUCCUUUUACGAUUUCUUUCCAUUCCAAAGGGCUUUUCCUACUUGAAUGAAAGGGGAUAUAUCACAAAACAGCUGGAGAAAUGGCAAAAGGAGUACAAUUUUAAAUAUGUUGACCUAAUUGAAGAGCAACUUAAUGAAGCGCUCACUACAUACCGGAAGCCUGUUGAUGGAGACAACUAUGUCCGCAGGAGCAACCAAAGGUUACAGAGGCCAAAUGUCUACCUUCCAAUACACUUAUAUGGUCAAUUGGUCCAUGACAAAACAGGGUGUUGUCUCUUAGAGGCUCAGAGUGUUGUCCCAGAUCUGAGUUACACUGUUCGCUCUCCAAUGUUGGACAAGUGGGAAGGUGUAAAACAGCUAAAAGCAGCUCUGUGGGCCUUGGGCAACAUUGGCUCAUCAAACUGGGGUCUGAAUCUGCUUCAGGAGGAGAACGUUAUCCCAGACAUUAUUGCCCUGGCUCAGCAUUGUGAGGUUCUGUCGAUAAGAGGAACCUGUCUGUAUGUCCUUGGUCUGAUCUCUAAAACUAAGCAAGGCUGUGACAUCUUGAAGCAGCACAGCUGGGAUACAGUCCGGCACAGCCGCAGGCAUCCAUGGCCGGUGGUUCCUGAUGACAUGGAGCAGCUCUGCAGUGAGCUUAUGUCCGUACCAAGCACACUUAGUCUAAAUUCAGAAUCAGCCAGCUCCCGACACAACAGCGAGAAUGAAUCCACACAGCCAAGUAUGUAUAUUUUGGAUGAUGACAAGUGUGACAGUGUGGAUCUCACAGAGGAUCAGCCAAUUUACAUGAGACCCAAAUCUCUGAAGGACCGCAGCCCUUUCACCAUCCUCGCCUCCACACGUUUUGUCAGAAACCGGUUCCUCAACUCCCUUACACUGCCCAGCAAGAAGCUGCGCAGCAGUAGUGACCCCAAGGGAGGUAAGGUCAUGGAUGAACCAAAGCCUGGUCUGAGGCGUAAUCGUACUGUUACAGAGCCUUCCAGUUUCACACAAGGGGACUUCUUCUUCAGUCCAGUAUUUAAUGGGAGCCGCAGCCCAAAUAGCCCCACAGUGAGCUUAAAAACCUCUUUUGUAGGAAGCAAAGCCUCUGAGGACAGGGGUAGCACUCCAAGCAUUGGAGAGCCUGACCUUAAACUUCCAAAGGGUCUGGGGAGUGAGAACCACAGAGAACACACCAGCAGGGAGAGGCUAGUGGGGGAUGGUUCCACCAGCACUCAGUUUAAAAGCCGCAGCCAAAGCUUUAACACGGACACCACCACCAGUGGCAUUAGUUCAAUGAGCUCUAGCCCUUCACGAGAGACAGUGGGUGGGGUGGAUACAUCCACCAUUGACACUGACUGUGUGAGCCUAAACACUGUGGUGAGUACGAAAACUGUAAAGACCCUCCACACUCUUACUCCCCAGUCUAACCACCUGCCGCUGUCAAAGUCAAACUCUCUGUCCCUGGUGCCCCCUGGGUCCUCACACACCCUUCCCAGAAGGGCCCAGUCCUUGAAGGCUCCAUCGGUCACUACAAUAAAGAACCUAGCUGACUACAAUUUCAUGUACACAAGGGAUGCCUUUGGCUAUGCCACUCUGAAACGUCUGCAGCAACAACGGAUGCACGCCUCUCUCUCCCAUUCAGAGGCCCUGGCAUCUCCAGCAAAGGAUGUUCUUUUUACAGACACCAUCACCAUGAAAACUGGGAGUUUGGACUCUAGGUUGACACCUCGCAGGUUCUCACUAAAGAGGUUUGACUGUACUUCUCAUUAUGGCACAGCCGUGAACCAGCGACGAUCACCAAGAAAUCUCCUCCCGCGAUUUAUGAAAGCCCUAAGCUUUGCUUCACUGGAUAAAGAAGACUUGCUAAGUCCGAUCAAUCAAAAUACACUGCAGCGCUCCUCAUCUGUGCGUUCAAUGGUCUCUAAUGCCACCUAUGGUUGCUCUGAUGAUUACAUUGGUUUGGCACUUCCUAUGGAUAUCAAUGAAAUGUUUCAGGUAAAAGAAACUCCAUACUUUCAACAGAGGACAAGCCCUCCUGCUGAAGAGCGUUUGGCAAAUUUCUUCUUUGGUGAUUCAGAUGCCUCUGGGGAUUCUAUGCGCAAUCCUGUACUGGUACUGAGGCAGCAGAUCAGUAUUACAGAGCUUAUGAACAGUCGCUCUGACCCAACACAUCUGUUGGAUAACACAGAGGACACAGGACUGCAGGAGCACACAGAUGAAAACUGCCUUUACUGUGUUGGCGUGAAGGUACUGGGCUGUCAGACCAAUAACCAGAUCAACUCUACUUUAAUCCGUACAGAUUUCCGUGACAUUCCAUAUUCAGACUGGUGUGGGCAGACCAUUCACAAUCACCUGGAGGUGACACCACAGUCCACAUUUUCUGGAGUUUCAGGAUGUAGUGAUGCAGUAUCCCAGGGCUCAGCAAGCAGCACACAGAGUAUAGAGCUUGUACUUGGUAAAGGAGGAAAGUCCAUCCCUGAGGACGCCCCUGCAAGCCGCGUGCUGCUGCGCAAAGAAGUCUUACGCUUGGUUGUCAAUCUGAGCAGCUCGGUGGGAACCAAGGGACAUGAAACUGGUCUCCUCACAAUUAAGGAAAAGUUUCCUUAUGCUUUUGAUGACAUUUGCCUGUAUUCUGAGGUUUCACACCUGCUCGCACACUGCUUGUUUCGUCUGCUAUCACGACGGUUUAUUCAAGAACUCUUUCAGGAUGUCCAGUUCACUCCGAUGUAUGAGGAAGCUGAGACCAUCUUGGCCACACCACCAAAGCAAGUAGCAGUAGAUGCCACCAUCUGAGUUCUCAUCCAUCCUUCUGUCUUCUCACGCAUUCUUUUACUCACAAAACCUGUGUCAACUAGCGAAUAGCCACACCUACAGACAAAGGAGUGUCUCUUUCCUGUCCGAUACCCUUCGGCAAAAAAACGGUCAACUAAAGAAGACCAGCUCUUGAACAAAAUAGGGAUUUAUUUCCUGUUAACCCAUAGAGUGGCUUUAUGUUUGUCACCACAGUUACCAAAUGCGGAAGCAGAUUAUUGCGUAUGAACUGAGCACUGAACAUAUACAAUUAAUCCUUACCUAAAUAUGUUAAUUAAUAGGGAUUUGGAAAAGAAAUUCUGUAUUUUCAGUAUGAAGUGGCUAAAACAUAAUUUUAAUUAUAUUUCUUUUUGUGAUUUGUAACACUACUGUGUGAUUUUUAGCCAUCUCAUAAGGAAAAGGCAGAACUAUCCAAGGCCUGGGUAAUUAUUUACAAACUAUCUAACAGUUGUAAAAAUAAUAUUAACUAUUUUGAGUAAAACAUUCCCAGGCUUUCCAAAGUUUCUGAUCAAGGAAGAAAAAGCCAGAACGCAUGUGUUUUCACUACAUUUUUUUCUUAUCACUUUUUUUUGGGUUUUUCAAAACUGCAAUACAAUUGAAUGAAUUGAUGUAAAUGGUGUAGUUAUAAUUUAAGUAUUUUAUAAAGUGCAACACAGUUGAUUAUGGCAUACAUGAGUCCAGGCAGGUGACCAGAAACGUCAAGGACUGUUUGUGUUUUUCAAAAUGAAUCUAGAUUCAGUGCAUUUACUACUGUUUUCUGGAAACUUUAUGGACUGCAGUAAAAAGCAAAAUGUACCAAAUUUUGAAGCAACAGUAUUUUGUACACAGCAGUGUACUUUAGUUCCUGACCUGAUAUGCAGCAUAUGCAAUGCAUAACUUUGCUUUGUCUUUGCCACUGCAGACGGAUUAAGAAUUUUAUUUAACAAGUGCCAUAUUGCAACACAUAGUGUUCUGUGGGUGCAGGAAGAUUCAAAACAGAAUCUUUUCAAGAAAUCUCAAUUAAACACCAAAAAACAAAUAACCAAGAAUCCCUGCAAUUUGAGUAAUUGUAUACAUUUUUUUCUGUACUGUAAUCAUGUCUAGUACCUUCACAGUUGUAAAUGUUAUUGUACGCUUAACAAAAACAUUUUAUGUUGUCAGGAAACCCCCCCCCAAACAUAACCAUCAGAUGUUUGAGGUAACAACAAAUGCUUAAACUGUAAACCAUUUCAUUUCAUAGCAUGUUACAAGCUGCAAUAUUGCCUUGUCUAUUUAUUUGUAGAACAGGCAAAUACAUUAUUCUGUUGCAAUGCCAGGGGCUUAAUAUGUUUUUAAACAUUUGUCAUAACAAAUCAAGUUUAAAAACUGCUAUGCAACAUACCCCUUAACUGCAAUGGUAGAGAAAAUAUUUUGCUUUAUAAAUGGGUAUUUUUACAGGAAUCUUUUUUGGCUGGACCACGUACUUUAUUAUUCUGCAGUACCAAGGGAGCUUUAAAUCUUUUGCAUUUGUGUCAAUAACUGGUUUAUUAUUUUAGAGAACAGAAUUCAUAAUCUAAUUUAUUUAAUAAAUUGCAGAUUAAUUUGCAGGUACUUUCUGCAGUUUAGUGUCUAAACUAUGUUUGUCAUCGUGCACUGCCUACAGAGACCUCAGUCAAUCAUAGCAUGCUGGGCUACUUCUACUGGUUACCACCAGAAACAUUCACAAAAUUAUUAGUUCUUAAAUGGUAAUUGUACAGGAAUGCUUAUCUUUUUUUUAAUUUGGGAAAAACUUUUUUUUUUCUAAGCAGCAUAAAGUAUAGCUGUGUUAAUUUUAGUAUGGUUGCAGUUGUAAAUAUAUGAGGAAUUAAAUAUGAACAAAUCUAUAUUUGACUGCAGAAACCUUUUAGACAGAGCAAUGUGAAAACAUUUUUUUUUUCCCCAAAAUGUUAUAUGGUUAUAAUGUGAAAUAUUUGUUGAGAGAUGGCUAGCCAGUUAACUGGUUUUGAGUUGAUACUUCACUAAUGCUUCCAUAUCUUCCUGUGUAAUAUGUCCUGAUGGUCUAAGCUUAAUGUUCGCGUCUAGUGAAGGGUAACCUUUUAGUUUAACUUAUUCCUCUCAAGGCUUUCAAAAAAGCAGUCCAAGGUACAAUGAAGUUUAAAUGGGAAUGAGUGAGAAUUCCAUAAGCAACCAUGGUAAAACCUGAUUUUGUUUUUUUUUUUUUUUUUGCAUUAAAUGUCAGGAAUCGUUUUUGUGGAUUGUUCAGAGGUCCAGGUAUUAAGGGUAAAACUGAGAUAGUGGCACACUCCCUCACUCACUCAGAUGUAUAUUAUAGUACAGAGCUGAAGGGGAUAGUACUGUAUAUAGAAAGUGCAUGCUGCCUGUGCAGGUAAGAUAAUCCAUACAAAGGCCAUAGACCCAACAAUUUCAUUUCACUGCAACAGUACCCUCCCUUCACUCUAAAUGUAUUUUAUUCAAGUUGUUUUGCAAGUUUUCUAUCAAUGUAUCCUUUUCAUUUACAUCUUUUUUAAAACUUUUACAAUUCAGAAUAUCACAGCAUGCACAAAUUGCAUGGCUUGGCUAAUUUACUUUCUAAAUUAAAUAUUUAACUUAAAUAGCAUAAACAAGUUAUGCCAAAAAGAUUAUAUAAUUUGAUACUGUAAGUAAAAUAAAGAUUUUCAUGACAAUUUUAUUGAAAUAAAAAUGUUUUUUUUUUUUUUGUUUUUUUUUCACUAUCCAUAUGUAGAAUUAUGGGAUAAUGUAAAUGUUAAAUACUUGGCCAGAUUAAGGCUUGAUAGUCAAAUGCCUUUUUUUUUUUUUUUUUUUUUUUUUAAAGAAAUAAGCUGCUACAUAUUUGGAUGUUUUAGUGUUUGUAGGUCACUGAAAGGAUGUUGAAACCUGAUUUAUAUUGUAUACCUGUAUCAUAGAAAAGAAGAAAGAAAAAAAAUAUUUAUAUUUUUUCCUUGAAAAUAAUUAUUUCAUGAAGCUGUGUAUAAUUUAAAGAGGCUUUUCCAAGUAUGGUUAUGCCCAAAUUGUUGUUCCUUUGU